AUGGCGGCGCGUGUAGAUGCUGCGGCUGGCUGCUCCUCAACUCAGAAUUUGGCUUUUUUGUCCUGCCAAAAUAGACUUGUUUAUAGUCGGCAGGACAUGUUAUCUAUUCGGCUACGGAGUGAGUGCUGCACAAAUUGUGAGUGUCUCCGCGUCUGCAAGGAAGAUUUUUUGACUUCAAAGAACUGGGGAGUAAAGAGACACAGGAGAGACCGUAAACAGAAGAGAGGCUGUAGAGGAGGAAGGCGAUUAAGGCAAUUAAGGUUGAAGACACAACAUUAUAACUUACCGCUUCCCAGCAUUUUCUAUGCGAAUGUGAGAUCUUUGGUGAAUAAGCUGGAGGAGUGGAAAUUGUGGAUAGCAACGGAGAAAACUGUGAGUGAAUGCUGUCUUCUGCUGCUUACAGAAACUUGGCUGACACCAAUUAUUCCUGACUCAGCCAUAGAGCUAACAGGCUAUACAGUGUUCCGCCAUGAUAGAACAGAGGACUCUGGUAAAAGAAGGGGGGGAGGUUUGUGUGCAUACGUGAAUAACAGCUGGUGCACAAACCACGCUGUGAUAGCUAGCUAUUGCUCUCCAACUGUGGAAUUUAUGACGCUCAAAUGCAGACCUAUAUAUAUCCCCCGAGAAUUUACAGCAGUACUGAUAACUAUAGUAUACAUUGCACCUGAUGCGAACAUCAAUGAGGCAAUGGGUCUUCUGCAUGAUGCCAUUAGCAGGCAACAAGGCAAGUACCCCGAGGCUGCAUUUCUUGUAUGCGGGGAUUUCAACCAGGCAGAUUUGAAAGUGGUCCUACCUAAAUUCUAUCAACACAUAAAGUGUGCAACCAGGGGAGAAAAGACUCUGGACAGGCUGUAUACAAAUGUCAAACAGGCCUAUAAGGCCGAACCAUUGGCACAUCUAGGCCAAUCUGAUCAUGUGUCCCUGCUCCUGACUCCUGAAUAUAUUCCAUUGAGGAAACGGAUUCCAGCUAUAAAGAGGGAUAUUACAAUAUGGCCAGCUGAAGCAUCCCAACAACUACAAGACUGUUUUCAUGACACCGAUUGGGAGGUAUUCGCUCAACAGGAUGUAGAGACUCAUACUGAGCAAGUGUUGGACUAUAUUAGGUUCUGCACUGACAAUGUAACACGGAGGCGCCGGAUAAAGAUCUACCCAAACAGGAAGCCCUGGAUGACAAGGGAGGUCCAGGGGUUGCUAAAGGCAAGAAAUACUGCUUUCAGAAGUGGAAAUAAGUCGCUGUACAGCUUAGCUAGAGCCGAUCUAAAGAGAGGUAUCCGUGUAGCAAAGGAGGCGUAUAGACAGCGGCUGGAGAAUCAUCUACAAAGUAACAACACCAGGCAGGUGUGGCAAGGUGUACAAGAAUUAACAGGGUAUAAAUCUAAGGACUCCCUGGCAGACGAGGGAGGGGCAUCCCUCGCAGAGGAUUUGAAUGCCUUUUUGCCCGUUUUGAAGUAACAUCUGCAGCAACACCUGCUGAGGCUUUACCAACACCACCACCACUCCCUGUGAAGGCUUUGCCAUCAUCACCACCAUUACCAUCAUCAGUACAAAGGAAUGCAGUAGUCUCUGUGGAAAAAGAAGAGAUGAGGAAGGUGUUGAAGGGAAUCAACCCAAGGAAGGCCACAGGGCCAGAUGGGGUAGCUGGAAGGGUAUUGAGAGACUGUGCAGAUCAACUAGCAGGAGUUUUCACUGGGAUUUUAAAUCGAUCCCUGGCCCAGGCUAUUGUUCCAUCCUGCCUAAAGUCCUCCAUUAUCGUUCCAAUAGCAAAAAAAUCUAACCCGGAAGAUCUGAAUGAUUUUCGUCCAGUAGCACUCACACCUAUAAUCAUGAAGUGCUUUGAAAAGCUGGUACGAAAUUAUGUCAUUGCCUGCCUACCAGAGGGACUGGACACAUUCCAAUUUGCUUAUAAAACGAAAAGAUCGACAGAGGACGCUGUGGCGAUUGCCCUCCAUGCCGUCCUUGCACAUUUGGAGCAGCGGGGGAGUUAUGCCAGACUGCUUUUUUUAGAUUUCAGCUCGGCAUUUAAUACCAUUCUACCACAACGUCUGAUGUCUAAACUGGAAGAUCUGGGGCUUCCGUUAUCACUUUGUGGGUGGAUAUUGGACGUUUGUCAGACCGCCCCCAGAGGGUUCGGUUGGGCCCCUAUACCUCUAAUAUGCUCAAGACUAACAUAGGAACACCACAGGGAUGCGUACUCAGUCCGCUCCUUUAUAUUCUCUACACGUACGAUUGUGUCGCUACUCACCCUAGUAAUAGGGUUGUCAAAUUUGCAGAUGACACAACCGUGAUUGGGCUCAUCUCUGAAAGGGAGGGUGAAACGGAUUAUAGAGAUGAGGUGGAGCGGCUGACAGAGUGGUGCAGAGCUAACAACUUGCUCAUAAAUACAAGGAAGACAAAGGAGCUUGUGGUGGACUUCAGGAGACAGAAGAGCAACGUCCAGCCACUUUUGAUUGAUGGGGUCUGUGUGGAGAGGGUAACAACGUUCAGAUUUUUGGGCAUUGAAUUACAAGAGGAUCUGUCCUGGAGUGUCAACACAAGGGGGCUUGUGAAGAAGGCGCAGCAGAGACUGUACUUUUGAGAAUACUAAGGAAAAACCAUCUUCCGCAGAAACUGCUGCUUGCCUUCUAUCACUGUGCCAUUGAGAGCGUGCUCACUUAUGGCUUAUGUGUGUGGUACGGAAGCUGUACUACCCAGGACAGGAUGGGGUUGUGCAGGGUUGUUAAGGCAGCAGAGAGCAUUGUUGGCUGCCCACUCUCCACCUUAGAGCAGAUUUAUGCCACAAGGUGCCAUAGGAAGGCACUGGACAUAGUAAAAGAUCCAUCGCAUCCUGGUCACUGUCUCUUCGAGCUCUUGCCGUCGGGACGGAGAUACAGGACGAUGAAGACAAGAACGAGCCGUCUUAAGAACAGCUUCUUCUCCAGAGCGAUCUCGGCCCUGAAUGGGAAGCCUGGACUUUGAAAGUCAUCUAAUCUCCCUUGCUGUAUUAUACUGUAUUGAUUAAUUAGUGUUUUUAUGGAGCAGUCAAGUAAUUUCAUUGUCCCCAAAGGGGGCAAUGACAAUAAAGAUAUUAUUAUUAUUAUUAUUAUUAUUAUUAUUAUUAUUAUUAUUACAGUAGAAUUCCAGAAUUAACCAAUCAUGUGCAGCCCAUUGUGUAAAUAAUGUAUAUAAAGCAGAUACUGUGAGGGGACAUUCAUUCAUUCCUCCUCACCACUAUGAGCUGAAUAAAGAGCAUGAAAUCACUUUGCGACUCUGAGUAUAUUGCAGUACUGUUAGAUUGCAACAAGAAUAAGACGAGCAAUGAUGUCUACAAAGGAGUUCAAACUGUAAACAUCGAAGGAACGAUAAUAAACAGUAGUGACUCCUGAACUGAAUUUUAAAAAACUUAAAACUCGAAACCUGGUCAUAAAUAUAAGCACCAAUUCUGUGAAUUGGCCAUAUUUUUACUGUUACUUGUAGCACAAUACUACUCUUAAUGUCAUAUUUUAUAAAUUGCUUCCUGGUCAUUGACCGUAUUAAAGAUAUUUGAUUUGAUUUGAUUUUGAAUGUUAGAAACAGUUAGUUCACUUGCUUCUGCAACAGUCUUUUAGCCAGAACAGAGAUGAGAAGAAAUCAUUUUUGAGAAAUCUUAUUGUUCCCAGCCUGUGGGGGUGGGGUGUGUCGGGCGUGGGGCCUGUGGCCAUUCCAUUUUCCAGUGACCCUCUUGCCUGCAGAUGGUGCACUGGCUUCUUCCCUAGGCGUCUUCUGCCCCUCCCGUGGACACCCUCGCUCGCUCCAGGAUUGCGUUUUUGGCUUUCUGGCUGCUGGCUGUUUGAAGACAAACCCCUAAUUAUUUUGGCUGGGUCCUCUUCGAAAGAAGGAUUCUGAUUUAGGGUGCUUGGAGGUCUGUGGUCCUGUACAUUGGAUGAAAGCUGUCUUGGAACUAUUGUGGACUCUUGGCAGGAAAGGGGUGAGGGGUUUCAGUGUGUUCCAGUUGUUUCAUUCUUGUGCUUUGGCAUGGUUCCCGGACAGAAAGCAAGUUGCAGUGUGGUUCUUUAGCAAGGCCAGAAGGCAUGAGAAAGGCCUGAGAAACAAUGGACUGUUCUCUACCUUUGUUACAGAAGAGCGGAAUGUUUCUGAUACUUAGCUGCUGAGAAAAUGAUUUUGAAAAGUUUUGAGAAGCUUUGAGCCUGCUUGGGGGGGGGGGUGACUUCGGGCCUAGACUUCGGGUCACCUGUCCUCACCUUCCUUCAGUAAAGCCCAGGGGAAGGGAACCCACCCCCCAUGGGGCUUUUUCUGAUCAGAAAGCACAGGGAGCAGGCAGGAUGCAAGGCGCUGGGGAUCUUAUUUAUUUAUUUUUACUUGGAAGAAAAAAAAUCACAUGCACCACACACCUACUGAAAUUCUAAAGAAAUUCCGAAGUGUCAGGAGGAUAAGACAGAAAAACCGAAGCCUCUUUCACAGAAGGAGAAAACUGUUGAGAAAUGGAAGGAUAGAAUUAAGCACAGCAUAAAUUUAGUGGGAAUAGUGACUGAAAUAUACUCGGAGUCCAGUGUGGAUUUCAUGCUCUUUAUUCAGCUCAUAGUAGUGAGGAAUGGACGUUCCCCUGAAAUGUCUGCUUUAUAUACAUUAUUUACACAAUGGGCCCCACGUGAUUGGCUAGUUCCGGGAUUCACCUGUACGCCAAUCAGGUUGCGGAUUCACUUCCAGCUGGAGUUGGACUAGGUGGCUCCUGCGGACCAAUCAGACUGCUGCAUUCUGCAUCCUAUUGUUCUAGGACCAAUCAGACUGCUGCAAUUUCGAUCCUAUUCAACUCAGUACGUAAUAGCAACACAACCCCGGGGUCAUUAAUUGUCAUUAAACCUUCAAGUAAAAGUUUUGGCACAAUUCACUCAAUUUCAAUUUCUCUUAGGGUUGUCAUAAUUCAAACAGUGAAAAUCUGCUGCCAUGAGUCAACAGUGUAAUGCAGCAAUUAAAAAACAACAGCAAAAAGUUAAUGCAAUCCUAGGCUGCAUCCACAGAAGUCUAGUGUCCCGAUUUAGGGAAGUCAAGUACCACUCUAUUCUGCCCUGGUCAGACCCCACCUGGAGUACUCUGUCAGGUUCAGGGCAUCUUUUAAGAACGAUGCUAACAGGCCAGAAGUGUGCUGGGGGAGGAAGAGGGGGGGAGCACACCACCCCCGGCAGCACGAUCCCAGUGGGGUUCCAUCGCGGCUGCCCCCCCCACACACACUGUGCUCCCCGCCCCCACCUGCACUCCGCCACUGCUAGGGCAAGAGACCAAGAUGAUGAAGGGUCAGGAAACCAAGCUUUUGGGGGGAGUGGUUGAGGGAGUUGGGUAUGGUUAGCCUGGAGAAGAGAAGAUUGAGACAUGAUAUGAGAGCCAUCUUGAAAUACCUGAAGGGCUGACACAGGGAAGAUGGAACAGGCUUUUUGCUGCUGGUCCAGGGGGCAGGACCUGAACCAGUGGAUUCAAAUGUCAAGAAAUGACUUUCCAGCUGAUGGUAGAAGCUGUUCUACUGUGGAACAGACUCCCACAAGGGGUGGUGGAGGUUUUCAAGCAGAGGUUGGAUGGCCAUCAGGGAUUCUUCAGCUGUGAUUGCAGCGGGUUGGACUAGAUGACCUUUGGGUGUGCCUUCCAACUCUACAAUUCUGUGUUCCUCUACAAAAGAUUUUCUACAAGUAAUUUGACUCCCAUUGUGCCAUGAACUUCUUGGUGCAGCACAAGUAGUAAUAUAAGAGAGCAGCAACUUCCAUUUCAGCUUACAUUCAUCACGAUCAGCGCUGCUUCCACUGCAGUUUGUUUCUGCCAAAUACUACUUUGUGUAUCUCGCUGUUAGCUAUGGCAGCAUCAUUCAUGAUUUCUGCCAUAAAUGUUGUCGAUUAUGUGAUUUGGCUGGCUGCAUGUAUGAGUUCCCACUUUGAUAGCCUCCUUGAAUACUGCGCCAGAUAGUUGGGAUAUAAAACUGGUGGUGGUAGUGGUAAAAUAUUUCUCUACUAUCCAAAAUGUUCUCAACAGGCAAUUUCUCGGCCAAAUGGAAAUUCAGUGUAGGAAGCACCCAGUGUUUGUGCAUGGAAAAUAUUGCUCUUCCCUUCCAGCUCCUGUGACCCCUUGUGCCCACCCAAACCCUUUCCAGAGGGCCUGGAUAGUGUAGUGUCUGCCAUACAGGGCUGCAGUGGGAUUCCCCUGACUUUGGGCCUAGGAAUCCUGUCCAAGCAGACCCCCAUUGGCACAUGAUCCCUUUGCCCAGUUUCAGGGUGAUUUCCUCUCCCACUGCAAUUCUGCGUGACACAGUCCCCUUUGUUCAGGGAUCACUGGAUAGAGUUUUCAGCUGCUACAGGGGACUGUGGAUGGGAGGGAAGCAAGAAGAAGAUCAGUUGCACAAGCUACCUUCUACAUGUGCAACUACUGCAUACAAACGUCCAAUUCCCGCUCCCCCCCCCCAUGUGAUAUUCCCUCCUCCCCCCCCUUUUUUUUUUUACUGUAUGUUAGCAUCACUCUUUGGAUGGUAGUGCCAAUAUUUCUCUUUUCCCCACACGCUUUGCAUGCCCAAUAAUCUUUCCAGAGUCCUUCACAUCGCUUCUUUCUUGCAGGGAGGUGAAGGCAGGAGAGCAACCUGGACCAGAGCCAUGGACAGAUCAGAUGACACGGUUGAAAUACCAGCCCUGGGCCGCCCAUUCCAGCUGGGGAUGCUGUACGACUGUCGUAAAGAUGCCCUCAUCCCAGGUAAACCUGGUGCAAGGAAGAGUGUAUACAGUGGUACCUCGGGUUAAGAACUUAAUUUGUUCUGGAGGUCCAUUCUUAACCUGAAACUGUUCUUAACCUGAAGCACCACUUUAGCUAAUGGGGUCUCCUGCUGCUGCUGCUCUGCAGCUGUGGAAUUUCUGUUCUCAUCCUGAAGCAAAGUUCUUAACCCGAGGUACUAUUUCUGGGUUAGCGGAGUCUGUAACCUGAAGCGCCUGUAACCUGAAGCUUCUGUAACCCGAGGUACCACUGUACUGAAAAGCAAAAAUUACUCAUAUCAAGAUUAGCAGUCGGCCCAAACAGUGCAGUUUCAGUGCUAAAUGUGCUCCUCAAAUUCAUUUUCAACAUCCCUUACUGUCUGCUUCCACAUCUUUGCCAAAGUUUGUGUUCCUUUAUGUUCUCUUCAUUUGGACAAGACUUUCAUUUAUUAAAAAGAAGUCUUCUUGCCCGUGAUAGCGUCUUUGCUCCUUAACCUUGCUGGCAUCGUCUUGGCCCAAAUCAUCAUCAUCAUCCGCCAAUAAAGAUUCAGCAGGUGUGUUCUGUUUCAAUUUUUUAAAGCUUGCUGAAAACCUUUCUACUCCACCAGGCCUGUGCAGACCAUUAAGAAUACAUCUUUCCACAAUUAUUUGUUGUUGUUUAGUCGUUUAGUCAUGUCGGACUCUUCGUGACCCCAUGAACCAGAGCAUGCCAGGCCCUCCUGUCUUCCACUGCCUCCCGCAGUUUGGUGAGACUCAUGUUUGUAGCUUCGAGAACACCGUCCAACUAUCUCGUCCUCUGUCGUCCCCUUCUCCUUGUGCCCUCCAUCUUUCCCAACAUCAGGGUCUUUUCCAGGGAGUCUUCUCUUCUCAUGAGGUGGCCAAAGUAUUGGAGCCUCAGCUUCACGAUCUGUCCUUCCAGUGAGCACUCAGGGCUGAUCUCCUUAAGAAUGGAGAGGUUUGAUCUUCUUGCAGUCCAUGGGACUCUCAAGAGUCUCCUCCAGCACCAUAAUUCAAAAGCAUCAAUUCUUCGGCGAUCAUCCUUCUUGAUAGUCCAGCUCUCACUUCCAUACAUCACUACUGGGAAAACCAUGGGUGAGAGACACUGUAGUCUUCAGCCUUCUUUAUGGUCCACCUCUCAUUUCUCUGCUUUUUAAGAUGCUGUCUAGGUUUGCCAUCGCCUUUCUCCCAAGAAGCAGGCGUCUUUUAAUUUCAUGACUGCUGUCACCAUCUGCAGUGAUCAUGAGCCCAAGAAAGUAAAAUCUCUCACUGCCUCCAUUUCUUCCGCUUCUAUUUGCCAGGAGGUGAUGGGACCAGUGGCCAUGAUCUUCGUUUUUUUAGUUCUGACAGCCUAAAUCUCCACACUUUGCUUUGCUGCAUAUUUUGUGAUUUUAAAUCUGCUGGAGUUCUCUCACCAAAGUGUUUUGGAUCUUGGCCCCCAGGGAAUUCUCAUUUUUUCCCAUGCCAGUCAACAACUAGCACCAACUCUCUAUGGCCUCAAGCAGGAGAUGUUCACAGCCCUAAAUGGUGGUGAUUGAAUCUUCUCCCUGCUGCUGAGCCAGUGCCCAUCCCCUUUCUGAGGCCUGUGCAACAGAAGCUCAUGAAAUGUUCACAUUUGUUCCACUCUCAUAUCUGGUCAAAUAUUUUCCCUGCCUUUUGCCAAGUUUUAUAAAACUGCACAAACCUCUUUCGUUGGGGAUGACAGUGGGACAAAAUUCAUGAGUGCAGACAUUGUGGGCAAUGAUAGCUCUAUUUUAACUCCUUGUUUCUCUGUACACCCUUAGCAUUAGGCUAAUUGUGUUCUACAUUUCUGUGAACAUACUCAAGCCUUGCAUAUUUCUCUGCUUUAUCCCAGGAAUCACCUUUUGGGACCAGGACUCGCUUCAGAAGGACUUGUGUAUCCAACCAAAACCAAAGACUGAAUAUGAAAUCAUUGCAUCUGACUCCAUCGAUGAUAAGGCAUCUGCCCUCAAUGUCCCUGCAUCACUCAAGGCCAGUUUUUUGGGUGGAACAGUUGAAGUGGAUGGAUCAGGCAAAUUCCUUCAAGACACCAAGAAGUCCACGAAACAGGCCAGAGUCACUCUGCAGUACAAAGCUACCACCAAGUAUUCACAGCUGACCAUGAGCCAUUUGGGAUUCCAAAACGUCACUUAUCCAGCUGUUUUUGAGCAUGGCACAGCCACCCAUGUUGUCACUGCCAUCUUGUAUGGAGCCCAGGUUUUCUUUGUGUUCGACCGAAAUAUCUCUUCUUCCGAAUCUGUGCAAGAUAUACAAGGAAGCCUCCAUGCUGUGAUCAACUGGAUUAAAGUCUCUGUCAAAGGGGAAGCAUCUGUUGAGAUGGAGGAGAAGGAGAAAGCCCAAACGGAGAAUUUCAGCUGCAAGUUCUAUGGGGAUUUUUCUUUGGAAAGUAAUCCGGUGACUUUUCAAGAUGCCAUGAAAGUCUACAGCGAUCUGCCCCAAAAGCUCGGGGAGGAUGGAGAGAAGGCUGUGCCUGUCAGAGUUUGGCUGUACCCAUUGACCAAGCUAGAUUUCAGAGCAGCUAAGAUGGUGCGUGAGAUCAGCUUAGCACUGAUCUUUGAUGCUCAAACUAUCUUGGAGAAUCUGAAUGAAAUCAACAUGCGAUGCAAUGAUCUGGCUAUGAAUCCUGCUGCUGAAAACUUCCCAGACUUAAACAUGAAAAUCAGUAGAUUCAAGGAUCUGUGCAAGCAGCACAGGCAGACUUUCCAGAAACACCUGGCAGAAAUCAUGCCUUUGAUCCGGGGAGGGGGGAAAGAGGAAAGUGUUCUGGUGGACAUUUUAAUGUCCAUUAACCAGUCUCCCUUUAAUAACCAAAGACUCAGUGAGUUUUUGGAUGCCAAGGAACAAGAAAUUAAUUUGGUGAAUUCUUACCUUAUUAUCCUAAGUGGAAUGGAAGUAAUCUCUUCCCAGAACAAACUGAUAGAAAUUGUGCUAAACCCUGUGAAUGAGUUUGUUGUCUCAUUUACCUUCAAUUCUUUACAUGAUGAGGAACCAUUUUUAGCCACCUUACAAGACUGGCUUCAUAAAGAUUUUUUCCAGGAAACAGCAAAUUCCACCAGCGGCCAGUCGACACCCAAGAACAAUGAAGCCUGGUUUGAGCACCAAGAGAGAAAUCGGAAGGCUCGUAAAGCUGCCAAAUCCAUUACACAUUUUGCCCAGGUCAAUAAAUCAAAUGAGAAAACCCGGUUCCUUGUGGCUUCUGUCCCAGAUCAGGACAACCCAGGAGCUUCCAUUUACCUCUAUGAAGAUGGGGAGAUGGUCAGCAGCAACUUUGAGCUGCCCUCAAAUCCUCUCCCUCCCCUGGUUGGCCAAAUUGGACAUGAGAGUGUGCAGCUGACAUUUCAACCUGCGGAGUAUGGGAGGGCUGCAAUCUCCAGCUAUCAAGUAGAGUACAAGAUUGCAGGAGAAGAAAAUUGGAAGAUUGUGAAUACUGACGACAGUCAGGAGACAUUCCAAGUGAGAGGGCUGAGCGCAAACACAGAAUACCAGUUUCGAUACAGCGCUAGGAGCAAACCAGGACUUAGUGAGACCAGCAAUGUGAGUAAAUCUGUACAGACACUUCCUACCAGCCCUCCUGGGGAACUGAGAGAGAUAUUCGCAGCGUCUUCCAAAAUCAGUAUAGCCUGGGAGAGCCCAAAGAUCAUUGGCCAGGGAGCUGUUAUAAAGGAAUACAAAGUGGACUACCGUGAAGAGGCUGGAGAGGCAAAAAGCAAGGACAAAGAUGAAUGGGCUGAAAAAAGAACAGGGAAGAAAACAGAGUUCUGUGAGAUGGAUGGUCUGAAGCCCCAGACACCCUACAGAUUCAGAGUCUCAGUCAUGUGUGCCGGUGGGGCUGAGAGUGAGCCCAGCAAAGAGAUUGAGGUUUCCACAUCAUUGGAAGGAGACAAGAAGAGAGCAGCUUGUCAGUACCUCCAAGGCAGCACCCGCGUGGAGGAUGGGCCACCAGCAGUGUAUGCUCUGCCCCUGGAGCCCAUACAGGAUGUCUCUGGAUCCUGUCUAACAUACCAGCUAGGGAAAGAGAACAUUCAUGCCCCCCAAAAAGUGAUUAUGGUGAUGGGAGCAACAGGAUCAGGGAAAACCACUCUCAUCAAUGCAAUGAUCAAUUAUGUCCUGGAUGUGCAAUGGGGAGAUGAAUUCCGAUUCAAACUUAUUCCUGAAAAUACCAACAGAAGCCAAGCUCAAAGCCAAACAUCAGAAGUGACCGCCUACAUUGUCCACCACCACAAGGGUUUCCAAGUCCCCUAUUCCCUCACCGUUAUUGACACUCCAGGAUUUGGAGACACAAGGGGAAAAGAGCAUGACAAGUUGAUAACAAAGCAGAUCCGGGAGUUUUUCUCCUCCCUAGGGGGCACUGAUCAUAUAGACGCCAUCUGUAUUGUCGUCCAGGCCUCUUUACCUCGUUUAACUCAUGCCCAGAGAUACGUUUUUGACUCUGUGCUCUCCAUCUUUGGCAAAGAUAUAAAGGACAACAUCCAAGUCCUGAUCACAUUUGCAGAUGGACAGACCCCUCCUGUUCUCGAGGCCAUUAAGGAAGCCAAUGUACCAUGUGCUAAGGAUGCCAAGGGCACCCCUGUGCACUUCAAAUUCAACAAUUCAGCACUGUUUGCCAACAAUCCAGUGGAGCCCGGAGGCAACUUCAAUUUUGAUGAAAUGUUUUGGAAAAUGGGCACCAUGAGCAUGAAGACCUUCUUUGAUUCAUCCCACACGCUAGAAAGCAAGAGCUUAACAUUGACAAAGGAAGUGCUCAGGGAGCGAAAAGAGCUUGAAGCUGCUAUUGAAGGGUUGCAGCCCCAAAUCAAAGCUGGACUGGCCAAGCUGGAAGAACUGAGGAAGACGCAGGAAGCCUCUGCUGCCUGGAGAGCAGAAGCUGUAUGA